ACCGGGCAGAAGAAGUUGCAUCUCUUCUGUCUUCAUAAAAAAGCUGGAAAAUAAAAAUAAAAAAAUCAUAAUUUCAUAUUUAAAAAAGCAUGGCGAUUUUUCGGAGGAGGAGAAAAUGGAGCUGGGUUCGGAUUUGUGUUUUAUUCGUGAUGGUGGCUGCGGUUUGGGCGCAAAGUGUGAAUGAUCCGAGCAAUAUGUCUCUGGUGAAGGAAACUGUGGACAGACUGCUUAAAGGAUACGACAUCCGGCUCAGACCCGAUUUCGGAGGUCCUCCAGUGAGAGUGGGUAUGAACAUCGAUAUCGCCAGCAUAGACAUGGUAUCAGAAGUCAACAUGGACUACACCCUGACCAUGUACUUCCAGCAGGCAUGGCGAGAUAAACGCCUCUCAUACUCGGAGAUCCCUCUGAACCUCACGCUGGAUAAUCGGGUGGCUGAUCAGCUGUGGGUCCCGGACACGUACUUCCUAAAUGACAAGAAGUCCUUCGUUCAUGGUGUGACGGUGAAAAACAGGAUGAUCCGCCUCCACCCGGACGGCACGGUGCUCUACGGACUGAGGAUCACUACAACCGCAGCCUGCAUGAUGGACUUGAGACGAUAUCCACUGGACGAACAAAACUGUACUCUGGAAAUCGAGAGCUACGGCUACACGACGGAUGAUAUCGAGUUUUACUGGCGAGGUGAAAACAGCGCCGUGACAGGAGUGGAGAGAAUAGAGCUGCCUCAGUUCUCCAUAGUCGACUACAAGCUCAUAGCCAAGAAGGUGGUUUUCUCUACAGGUGCUUAUCCUCGCCUGUCCCUCAGCUUCAAGCUGAAGAGAAACAUCGGCUACUUCAUCCUGCAGACCUACAUGCCCUCCAUCCUGAUCACCAUCCUGUCCUGGGUCUCCUUCUGGAUCAACUACGACGCCUCCGCCGCCCGAGUCGCUUUAGGUAUCACGACCGUGCUCACCAUGACAACCAUCAACACACACCUGCGAGAGACGCUUCCUAAAAUCCCGUACGUCAAAGCCAUCGACAUGUACCUGAUGGGCUGCUUCGUCUUCGUCUUCCUCGCCCUGCUCGAGUACGCUCUCGUCAACUACAUCUUCUUCGGACAAGGACCUCAGCGGCAGAAGAAAGCGGCAGAGAAAGCGUCCAACGCCAACAACGAGAAAAUGAGGAUGGAUUCCAACAAGUGGUUGAUGGGAAAUGUAGUUCAGAGAAACGAUGCUCUGUAUGCAAGAAUGAAACCGAGGGAUAUUGACGCUCAUGACUCGAUGUGGGAACCGAUCUUUGUGGACGAUGCGGCGAUAGGACUAGGCGAUCAAAAAAAUAAGAUGGACCCUCACGAGAACAUCCUCCUCACGCCUCUGGAGAUGAAGAAUGAGAUGUCGCCGUCCGAAUUAGCUCUGGGUCUCAGCGACCCUCGCAGCACCAUGCUAGCGUACGACAGCUCGGCGCUACAGUACCGGAAAGCGGGACUCGCUCGGCAGAACUUCGGACGGAACGCACUGGAAUGUCAUGUCCCUCAGAAGAAAAGUCGACUGCGGAGACGCGCCUCGCAGCUGAAGAUCACCAUCCCUGACUUGACUGACGUGAACUCGAUCGACAAGUGGUCGAGGAUGAUCUUCCCCACCGUCUUUUCCUUUUUCAACGUCGUCUACUGGCUUUACUACAUCAACUGAGCAUUUUAGGUGUUUUUUUUCUUGGUUAAAGUUGUCCGUUUGUUUCCUGCUGUUUAUUUUCGUAAUCCUGCGUUUCAGUACUGUUCAUAACACGCCCAUGUGUGGACGAGUGAGGCACAGAGGACAAUGUAGCUGAAGCUUGCUAGCUAGUUAUUAGCUACAUUGCUAAUUAGCUAGCGGUAUUAAGUAACAGGAGUUUGAAUUUGAAUGUAGCUAGCAUUUUAUUCCUCUUGUUUACUUUUUUUGCUUUGUUUAGUUUUUGCUAUUUUGAAAAGGGACCGGAGAGAAGCUUAGAAAUGUAUCUGUUUACAUAUUAGAACAAACCUUAUACGGAAGUGUUAAAUACAGUAUUGGAACACAGACGAAUAUUUUAAUACCUUGAUAUAUAACAAUGAAUGCUAGUUUAUCAUUCCUUAAUUGCUGGCUAUUGUAACUAUAAUUAAACAGACCACGCCUUUUACACCUUUAGAUGUUACAGUCAAUUCUAUAGUGUGUUUUAAAUGUUUACAUUUACUGAUUUAUUAUGCAUUCUGUGACUUAUAGACUUGUACACAAUUUCACAUCCUUCUUAUGAUAAUUUUAAGUGAAACUGCCAAUGAGUGAAAAUAAUUCUUUAAUUGAUUUUUAUAUUCUUGAUUUGUUUUUAUUUUGUAAACAGGUCAAAUUAUCUGGUGUAGUUAAUUAGAGAGUAUAGAAUAGUUUUUAUAUUUUUGUGUUGUUGUUUUUUUACACUACAUAAUUAGUUUUGAUAUUUUAUUAAUAGAUUAUAGCAAAACUAAGAACAAGAAAAAUUUCAGUACUUAAAACAAGUUACUUUUCAAUGUCAUUAAACAAUUUAAUUAAAGGAAUUUUAACCGAUUAUUUACAUUUGUUUUUAUCCUUACAUUUUGAUGUCAAUUGUUUGAAAUUGAGUAUUUAAAAAAAAACACACACAGAUUAUGCAAGGACAAUUCCAGAGGUUCAGUGAGGUCUCGUAUUAAUGAAAUUUUUUUUAAAAAUAAUAAUAAAUAAAUAAAUAAACAUAUCUAAUAAAAUAUUGCAUUUUAUCAGAGUUUUUUUCAGAUUUUUUAAAUAAAAAUAUUUAAAUUACCAGGAUUUUUCUUUUGUUCGUUUCUUUUUUUUUCUUUCUAUAUUUUCUAAACACAGCCAGCAGUUAAGGAGUCUGGAACAAAAAACUAAUUAUAUUUCUUUCUUUUGUGCUCUGUUUUCUGUAAAUACAUGUUGUAUAGGAUUGUUAUAUGUACUGGAAUUAAGUAAGCAUUAUUAUUAUUAUUAUUAUUAUUAUUAUUAUUAUUAAGCAUAUUUGUGUGUUUACAUACGGAAUGAUCUGUUUCUUUACAAAAAAUGUGAAAAAUUAAUGCCUGAACGAAUCAGAAAAUAAGAUACUGACGUUGUGGACUGUAGCGGUCCGGUGUCUUUAUUUCUGACUGGAACGUUUUGUCAGGAAAAAAAAGGGCAACUUGAAUAUACUCUUCUUACCUUUUACGCAAGAGGAUGU